AUGCAUUUCAUCUCAGUCUUUGCUACACUCCUCGCCAUUAAAAAUGUGGCUGGGGCUUCCGCCGCAGCUGCUUCUGCUUCUAGCACACCUGCUGUUGUGAAUAACGCUGAUACUGCAAAUAUCAACUUUCCAAACACUGCACCCCCGCAAGAUACCGCACAGUCGGCCACUACGUCCCACUCCGAUACUCAAAAUACCAAAGGGGUGGAAGGGGAUACUGCCUCAGCUGAUGAAGCGUCUACCAACACCGCCAAUGUCAAGGACAACACUGUGACAGUUAGCAGCAAUGGCGCAGCCAGCACUGCGACCACCAACACCGGCAACGAAUCCAUCACUGUCAAUACCGAUGGUCCGCUUGGUAGUAUUUUGGGGGCUGGCGCGUCCAGUACCGGCAAUACUGCCGCUGAGACCAAGACCGACCAUACCAUCCAGACUGCCGCAUCGUCUACUGCGAGCAGUACAGACUCUGAGGAUUCUCCCAACUCUGAAUCCAGUGCAGAGAGCUUGGAGUCGACUCUCAACAACCUUCUUGGCGGCUCUUCCGGCUCCGGCCUCGAGGACUUGACCAAGGGAAUUGGCGGCUUGCUGAACCCUGAGCUGUUGAGUGAGAUCGAAAAGUCUUUUAAAUACAUCUCAACAAGCUUGGCUCCUCCCGUCGACACCAACAUCCAAAUUUUGCUCAACGACGCCAACACUGCAAACAUUGCCAACCUGCUUUCAAAUGCAAAUAAGCUCCUUGUUGAUAAGAAUAUUGCGACCUUGAGCAGAAUUAUUAGCAAGGCGGACAGCCUUUUGUCGGAUAAGAACCUACAGGGCAUUGAAUCUCUUCUCAACAAUAUAGACAAGGUCAAUGGACUCGUUGAGAAGGCCGAUGACCUCCUGGGCAAUGACACAGUAAAGAACAUCGAAGGCCUGGUUGAUAAUGGUGCAGAACUAUUGACCGCUGAUUUCGUUAAGAAGACAAAGUCUUUGAUCGAUUCUGCUGGAUCCCUGCUCACUGAGUCGACGACAAAUGCCCUGAAGGAUAUCCUCAACGCGACGGUUCCUUUACUGCCCGACGUGAAGUCUUUGUUGACUAAGGACACAAUUGAGGAUAUCAAGACUCUCUUGACAAAUGCAAACAGUCUUCUAUCCAAGUCAACAGUCUUGGCAAUCAAGUCGCUCCUGGACGCUUUGAUUCCCCUACUGCCGGAAAUCAAGGGUCUGCUGACAAAGGAUGUCAUCAACGACAUCAAAAACGUCCUGAAAAAUGCCAAUAGCUUGCUCAGUCAAGAAACUGUCGACGCUUUGAAGUCACUCUUGGAGUCAAUCCUUCCUUUGAUCCCCGACCUAAAGUCCUUUUUGAGAAAAGAUAUUUUGACGGAACUUGAAAACCUGCUUAAGCAAGGCAGCUUGCUUCUCUCUCCCAGCUUCGUGGAUGAUACUAAGGGUCUCAUCACUUAUGCGAGCGAUUUGCUCACGAAGGACGUCGUGAAAGCCCUCAAGGAGGUACUUGCCGCGCUGCCGCCACUGCUGCCGGAGCUCAAGUCCUUUUUGACUCCCAAGACUUUCUCCGACCUUGAGGGCCUACUUGGAACAGCAUCGAACCUGUUGACACCCUCGUUCGCGAACGAGACCAAGAGUUUGGUCUCUCAUGCGGAUUCCUUGCUCAGCCCGGGCUUUGUCUCAGGUCUGAAGAGCAUCCUGGGCGAUGUUACACCGUUGCUUCCCGAAGUUCAGAAGCUCCUGACGCCAAACACAGUUUCUACGAUCAGCAGUCUCUUGACAAAUGCGGGAGAGUUGUUAACUCCGGACUUUGUCAAUAACACGCUUUCCUUGGUCGAUGGUGCUGAUGAUCUACUGAGCCCAUAUGUCUUUGGUGGUCUCCAUGAGCUUCUCAACGGUCUGGUGCCUGUUGUUCCGGACAUCAAGAAGGAGCUCCUCAAUGAGAUCACUUUGGUGAAUCUUGGAUCCUUGCUUGGCAAUGGGACAGACCUUCUUACGACAUCCUUCGUCCAAGAAACCCAUUCUCUCAUUUCGGAGGCUGGGGAGCUUCUGGAUUCUAAGACUGUGGAUUAUUUGAAGGAGAUCCUGGAGAGCGUCAACAAAUCCACGCCCCAGAUUGUAGAGCUUCUCGGACCGCAGUCAAUCACGAAGAUCAACACACUCUUGAAUAAUGCUGGAAAUCUUCUCAGUACCGGGUUUGUGAAUGAGACGACCACUCUCAUCGAUGAUGCUUCGGAAUUCUUGCCUUUGAUCAAGGAUUUGCUGAAUUCGCUGUGA